GAAGUUGGCUUAAGAAAAAUAAAAAAUUGAAGAAAGCGUAAGUCUGGCGUGGCACAAAGAGAAGCAAAUUCUUGAACCACACAACGCAACCCUUCUUUUCUUUUCUUUUCUUUCCUAUCGUUGGUUCGUUUUCAUCUUUCUCCGCCUAUGGCUAGGUUUUGAUAUAACAAAUCUUCAUCGUCUCUAUAUUAUCAAUUGUUUGCUUAUUUUUUAAUUGUGAAUUGCAUGAUCCGUAUGAUUCAAUUUUCUUUAGUUGACGGAAUACGUAAAAAAUGCUCGUCGGUGACACAGCAAGCCUCCUCUGCACGUUAAUCUUCAUUUUCCGUCAAACCCAAUUUUCGCCAUGUCGAGAUUCUUGACAUUCGGUAAUAUUAAGAGAGUUUCACAAUCUUUGCGCGCGAACCAGUGUCACAUCUACUCAAAAGGGUCUAAAUAUGGAGCCCUUGUCAGACCUGGAUUAUGUUCUCCUCAAUACAGAUUUUACUUGCAAUUUAUGUUCUCUGGUAGGAGACAUACUUGGAAUGCUACACGUGAAACAAGAAAUGGUGUCUUCAAUGGUUUCAUUAGGAGUUAUUCAUCCAUUCCAGCAAGUAAUACUAUAGUCCAUCGUGCUCAAGUUGCUUGGAAGAGGUUGACACGGAGGUCUUUACAUCAUGGCCAAUCUUAUAUACCUGCAAACAAGAUUGCUCAGGCAGUUAGCUUGGCGUUGAGUCAUUCUUAUGUGCUUGUUCCUGGUAUAUUUGCAGUAACAUGUGGAAACCAUUUAGCAUGGGCACAAGUUGUGCCAGAUGCAGAUAUCUUUCCGCCGAGGAAUACUUUGUACACAAAUGCACAGGAUGGGCAUCUUUUCUUGACUUCGUUGAUCCUAUCAAUAUUCGAUGGCAUUUUCUUGUUGCUGAGAGCUUUGUAUUUGUCAUUUUUGUUCACACCAAGCAUUAUGAUGGCCCCGUUUGCAGAUAGUUUUGGACCUCGUUUCAGGAAAUUAUGGCUCAAGGUUGUUCAUCAAACACUAGAAAGAGCUGGUCCAGCAUUCAUAAAAUGGGGCCAGUGGGCAGCUACACGACCAGAUCUCUUUCCUAGAGACUUGUGCACUGAACUUUCAAAGCUUCACACAAAAGCACCUGAACAUAGCUUUUCCUACACGAAAAAGACAAUUGAAAGAGCUUUUUGUCGUAAGAUUUCCGAAAUUUUUGACAACUUUGAGGAAGAACCUGUGGCAUCUGGAAGUAUAGCUCAAGUGCAUCGAGCUUCUCUGCGGUCUCGAUACCAUGGUCGUGAGAUGAAACCGAUGCUAGUUGCUGUGAAGGUGAGACACCCAGGAGUUGGCGAGUCAAUUAAAAGGGAUUUUGAAAUAAUUAACAUAGCAGCAAAAAUAUCAAGAUACAUUCCUGCUCUGAAUUGGUUGAGAUUGGAUGAAAGUGUCCAGCAGUUUGCAGUUUUCAUGAUGUCUCAGGUUGAUCUUGCACGAGAAGCUGCCCACUUGAGCCGCUUUAUAUACAAUUUUCGCAGAUGGAAAGACGUCUCUUUCCCCAAGCCCGUAUAUCCGCUGGUCCAUCCUGCCGUUUUGGUAGAAACGUUUGAGGAUGGCGAAUGUGUUUCCCGCUAUGUUGAUGAUCUUGAGGGGAAUGAACGAAUCAAAAGUUCGCUAGCCCACAUUGGGACCCAUGCACUGCUGAAGAUGCUUCUGGUAGACAACUUUGUUCAUGCUGACAUGCAUCCUGGAAACAUCCUUGUCCGUGUAGCUCAAAGCAAACCAUCUCGUAAACGGCUUUUCAAAACCAAGCCUCAUGUUAUUUUCCUUGAUGUAGGCAUGACUGCUGAACUCUCUAAGAGUGACCGGAUAAAUUUACUAGAAUUCUUUAAGGCUGUUGCCCGUAGAGAUGGCAAAACAGCAGCAGAGUGCACACUAAGAUUAUCGAAGAAACAGAACUGCCCUGAGCCAGAGGCCUUUAUUCAGGAAGUGAAAGUGUCAUUUGAUUUUUGGGGUACUCCAGAGGGGGAUUUUGUCCAUCCUGCUGACUGCAUGCAGCAAUUACUGGAACAAGCUAGGCGUCAUAGAGUAAACGUUGAUGGCAAUGUUUGCACAGUGAUGGUGACAGUUUUGGUGCUUGAGGGUUGGCAGCGGAAGCUUGAUCCAGAUUACGACAUGAUGCAUACACUACAGACACUGCUCCUCAAAGCAGACUGGGCAAAGUCACUUUCUUACACGAUCGAAGGACUCAUGGCCCCGUAAAGAAGAGGCUUAGGCUCCUCAGCAAUUACUUUCUAACAAUUUUGUGAAUGUAGAACACAUUAACUAUACAUCAGCCACACAAAUAUUUUUGUCUUGACACAAUUUGUUUUUCGCUAGUUUUCGAUAUGUCAGUUGUCACAAUUUUGUAAUGACAGAUAGUGUGUAUUUGUUCAUUGUUUUUGUUCUGAUACUCCUUUAUCUUGAUGGUUCACAAUCUAUGAAGCACAAUUUAAUAAAUUAAAGCA